UGUCUUCUUUCCCGUUGGCCCAUGCCAUAGGAGUUGCAACGCUUUCUUUUUUCAAGGCAAAAGGCAAACCGUUGCCCUGUUGAUAUCAAUGUUACGAGAGGCUUACCAGGAUUGCGCAUAUACAGAGGUCAGCAGCCAGAAGCACCGGUCAACAAGCAACAGUAUGCCGUGGGUCUGGGAUUAUUUCUCUACCUAUCGGCUUAGUGAAGACGAUUUGAAGGCUUUUCUAACAGAAUUGUUUGGUCAACAUGAGUUCUCUAUUUCGGCCAGCAAUGGGAAUUAUGCAUUUACGGUCCCACGAUGUCUCAACAUUGACGAGAGAAACAAACUAGAGGACCGUCGAUGGACCACCGGCCAGUGACACAACACCAUUUUUGGCAUUUGUGAAAGGCGAUCUUAGCCUUGAAAAACGGCUAUGGAAAUUUUUCUGUUCCUAUGUAGAGGUUGGUGGAAAUAGCUAGGCUAUUCGGGGUCAUUGCGUUUGAAGGCAAACUUACAUGGGGCGUUCCAGAUACA